ACGACGAGGCAGCAGAUAAGGGAGGAGGUAACAGACCUGACCGUUAUCCCGAAACAAAGAUAUGAGGCCUCUGUGAAGCUAGCUGGGAGCAAGAGGAGUCUCCAAUGGCCUCCCUCCUCCCUGUCCACCUCCCUAAACCUAAUCCCCGCUUCCCCAUCAGAACCUCGUCCGCCGCCGCCACCACCACCACCACCACUACCGAGUCUCUCCAGGAACGCUUCGGCCGGAAGGGAAUCAAGUUUACUGAGGCUGGCGAGGUCCCCUCCGUCGAGCUGACCGUCAGAAACGGCAGCUCGCUCCGUCUCCGAAUCCCCGACGGCCUCAUCACGUCCUACAAGCCCAAGGUGUACUGGAAGGAUGAUGGGUUCGAGGAGGUGCUCUACACCAUCGGCGGUGGCGGGCCCGGCGACUUCCCCAGAGGCGGCCUUGGAUUGGUUCUCCAUGAUCUAUCGAAGACUGCGGCUGGUGGUUCUCCUUGGGGUGCUUCGGAAUGGAUCGUGAAAGAUGCCGACUCGGACUCCUUCGACGCAGUCCAGGUUGAGCUGAGCUGCAGCAAUGAUGAUGGCUCCCUUGAUAUCACAUACGUCGUGUCGCUCUAUCCACUGAGCAUGGCCACAGCAGUCGUUGUGAAGAACAAGGGAAAGAAGCCGGUGGAGCUGAGCAGUGCAAUGCUGAGCCAUCUCAAGUUCAAGAACCAGCGCGGCUCCGCGAUCCAUGGCCUCAGGGGCUGCUCCUAUUGUGCUCAUCCUCCUCCCUCGUCCACCUUCGGUCUUCUGUCUCCGGCUGAAGCUAUGCAGCCUGAACCUCCCAAUUGGCUUUCGCUUCUGAGUUUUAGCGAAGACAAGAAGGGCAAGGACUGGACCGUGGAGGAUGAUCUGUACACUAUCUUGAAAGGCAAACUGAGCAGAGUUUACGCUGCACCUCCAGCAGAAAGAUCGAAGAGGAUCUACAAUACUCCACCAUCAAAAUACACGACUAUCGAUCAGGGCACUGGCCUUGGAUUUAGGGUGAUAAGAAUGGGGUACGAUGACAUCUACUUAUGUGCCCCUGGUUCUCUCUCUCAAAGAUAUGGGAAGGGAUACUUCAUCUGCACUGGCCCUGCUUCCAUGCUGGUACCUGUGGUUGUCAACCCAGGUGAUGAAUGGAGAGCAGCACAAGUUAUUGAGCAUGACAAUUUAUAGUUUCACAUGCAUGGGAUUAUAGCACAAUUUCUUUUCAAAGUUGAUUUUGCUUUACCAAAAGAAAUUGUUCUCCUUCAAUCUGUAAUUAAAUUCUAAUAUUGUUUAAAUGGUUCAAGCUUUCCAUGGA